AUGGCAAAAAGAACCAGCCGAGGUCGUCAGAAGAUCGAAAUGGCAAAGAUGAAAGACGAAAGUCAAAAGGUUUACUCCUUUGGCCAUCCUUCUGUUCACACCAUUAUUGAGAGAUUUCUCAAAGAUCAAAAGAAUCCAUCCCUUGAUGAUUCAUCAUCCCCUGUGGUUUUAACAACAAUGAGUGCUACUGAGCGCAUCAUUCAUGCCUGCAGAAAUGCACGGGUUCAGAAGAUGAAUCAGGAAUUAAUGCAGUUGGAAAAAAAAUUGGAAGCAGUAAAGAAAGGCACUGAAGCACUGGAGAAAGCGAUGAAGGAGGAUCCAGUAAAGCAGUGGUGGAAGAGACCCAUUGAAGAGAUGGAUGCAAAUCAGCUAAUGAUAUAUGCAAACAAAUUGGAAGGACUCAUGAUGAAAGUUAAAAAGGAAAUGCCUUUGGAAUCUAUUGAAGGAGGUACUGCUCCUUUUACGGAUCUCAUUGGCAUUAAUGAUGUUUAUGGCUGUAUUUCUCUUAAUGCUAAUAAUUUCAUUAAUCAAUUUUGUGGGAGGACUGAAGGUGGACAUGUUCCCGGUCGUCAUCGUCCAUCGGUUGCUGGCAGAGAUAAUUUGCAAAAGGAGAUUGAUCUAAAUCGUUCACCAUCGCCUUCUAGAUCUGGUAGUUUGGAAAAGGAUGAUGAUCAUAAGAAAUUUGUCCGCGUUCAUCAGUUUAUCUAGGAUGAUGAUGAUGGUCUCGUAGUCUCUAAUGGAUGUUUUGAUUAUUGUUGUUUUGGUCUUAGUUCGCUUUUGUUUGGGUUUGUUUCAGUUCUGUAACUUUGCCCUUUUCUACAAUUAUUCCUCAAGGGAAAGACCAU